AAGAAGCACAAGAGGAAAGACUCCGCGGAUCCCCAGGAGCCUUCGGAGAAGACCCAGGAGCAGCUGGCCGAGGCGGAGCUGCGGAGGCUGCGGCAGCAGUUCCGGAAGAUGGUGGAGAGCCGGCAGUCCUUCAACUUCCACUCGCAGCGGAAGAUCUCCGGCCAGCGCAAGGAAAUCAAGAGCCUGCAGGAGGAGCAGGAUGAGAUCGCCCUGCUUUUGAGUCUCGUCAAGUCCUCGAGGAACUUGGAUCUGAACGAGAGAAACUACGUGGAGCUGCGCUUCCUGCUGCAAACUAAGGAGGACUACGAGGCCCUGAUUCAAUCCAUGAAAACGCUGCUGGCUGAACUGGACGAGAAGAUUGUUCAGAUGGAAAAAAAAAUUAUAAACCAAAAACAGAUCUUCACAAAAAUGCAGGAGGCGAAUAACCCUCGGAAACUGCAAAAACAGAUCCACGUUUUGGAAACCCGUUUGAAUCUCGUGACCGUGCACUUUGACAAGAUGAUGACCACCAACGCGAAGCUCCGGAAGGAGAUCGAGGACCUGCGGUACGAGAAGGCUGCUUAUGACCACGUCUACCAGCAGCUCCGUCGGCACCUGCUGAUGCAGAAGCAAACCAUGAACACGGCCAUUGAGCAGUCUGCUCAGGCCUACCAGCAGAGGCUGGAAGCCAUGGCCCGAAUGGCUGCCAUGAAGGACCGCCAGCAGAAGGACAUCUCUCAGUACAACCUGGAGAUCCGGGAGCUGGAGCGUGUCUAUGACCAUGAAACCAAGCUCAAAUCCUUCUUGCUUGUCAAGCUGAAUGAUCGCAUCGAGUUCGAGGAGCAGGCCAAAAAGGAAGAAGCUCUCAAGGCAAAGAAGCGCGGGAAGAAGAAUAAGGGCGAGAGUUUGGAGAGCUACGAGGUGGCCCACCUCCGGCUGCUGAAGCUGGCCGAGGAUGGGAACCUGAAUCAGCUCAUUGAGGAGUUUCUGGCCAAGGAGGAGGAGAACUUUGCUCGGUUCACGUACGUCUCAGAGCUCAACAGCGACAUGGAGACGAUGCACAAGAAGACCGAGAGAAUCCAGGAUGAGAUCAUCCACCUGCGAGCCCAGCAGAAGUCCUCCCACGAUGACGGCCGCUCGGUCCUGAGACAGCUGGAGGAGAAACUGAGGAGGACCACGGAGGAGGCGGACAUGUACGAGGACAGCUGCAGGGAGAUCGACAAGACCUUGGGGCAUCUCAAGAGCUCGGUGGAGAAUCUGUUUAAGAAGAUCAAUUGUGACGCCACCAAGAUCCUGGUGCACUUAGGGGAGACGGGGAAAAUCACCGAUGCCAACCUCCCGCAGUACUUUGCCGUCAUUGAGAAGAGGGCCAAUGACCUGCUGCUGUUGGAGUCCUACAAGCGGAUCCUGGAGAUGGAGGGGUCGGAGACCGAGGUCCCGCCCCCCUUCAUCAACCCUUUCUGGGGCGGCUCUGCCCUCCUCAAGCCUGCAGAGCCCGUCAAGGUCGUUCCCCCGGUGCUCGGAGCUGACCCCUUCAGCGACAGGUUGGAUGAAGCGGAGCAGCCCCUGGACCACGGCAGCCUCCGGCAGCUGGUGCUCGGCAGCUACACGGCCAGGGAGGCCCGGACGCGGGAGCGGGACUCGCUCUUGGACGGCGGGCCCGAGAGGGGGAACGACCUGAGGCCCAAGAAGAGGGUCACCGUCUGA